UAACUUUUUUGUAUGCUAUGACGUUAAGGACCAAGUCAUCAGUGCCUGAAAACGAGGCUCAAAACCGUUCGCUUAAUAAUUCCCCGUGUGUCAAUCUAACGCUUCAGCCAAUGAGAGAGCGCCCUGUUGGCCCUUCAGCAUUUCCAGUCUUCCCGCCCCUCUCUGUGCUACGUCAGCAUUCAGACUCAAACAUGGCGGUACCCAUAGCUAAGUUCCUGGCAGCUUAUGCCUAUUUAUUACUAAUAUCUUUAAUAUUUCCGCACGUUUUCGCCGACAACGCUGCCGGGGACUCGCCUCACCGGCGCUUUGAGUAUAAAUACAGUUUCAAAGGGCCACAUCUGACACAGAGUGAUGGAAGAAUCCCAUUCUGGAUUCAUACUGGGAAUGCCAUUCCUAGUGCGGAUCAGAUUCGAAUCACACCCUCUCUGCGGAGCCAGAAGGGUUCGGUAUGGACAAAAAACCCUGUAAGUUUUGAACAUUGGGAAGCUGAAGUGGCAUUCCGUGUGUCCGGACGGGGACGAAUGGGAGCAGAUGGAUUGGCCAUAUGGUUCACGGCCGGUCAAGGUCUGGAGGGUCCUGUGUACGGGGCUGCUGAUCAGUGGAACGGCGUGGGAAUAUUCUUUGACUCUUUUGAUAAUGAUGGGAAGAAAAACAACCCUGCUGUCCUGGUGGUGGGUAACAAUGGGAAACUUGUUUAUGACCAUCAAAAUGAUGGUACAACACAGGCUCUGGGUACAUGUCUUAGAGACUUCAGAAACAAACCCUACCCUGUACGUGCCAAAAUCGUCUACUACAAGCAAACUUUAUCGGUUUUCAUCAAUAACGGCUUCACACCUGAUAAAGACGAUUAUGAGUUCUGCACCAAAGUUGAAAACAUGAUCAUUCCUGGGACUGGUUAUUUUGGCAUCUCUGCAGCCACCGGAGGACUUGCAGAUGACCAUGACGUGCUGUCAUUUUUGCUGUUUAGACUUACCGAGCCUGGGCAGAAUCUGCCUCCCCCAGAAAAAGAGAUUCCCAAAGAAGAGAAGGACAAGUACCAGGAGGAAUUUGAGAAUUUCCAACAAGAGCUGGACAAAAGGAAAGAGGAGUUUCAGAAAGAGCACCCUGAUGUCCAGGGGCAGCCCAUUGAGGACCUGUUUGAAAGCGUUAACGACCGGGAAAUCCGUCAGGUGUUUGAGGGGCAGAAUCGAAUCCACCUGGAAAUCAAGCAGUUGAACCGGCAGCUGGCCAUGAUUCUGGAUGAACAACGGCGUUAUGUGUCAGUCAUCACAGAGGAGAUCUCCAAACGCACCUCACAAGCACAGUCAGGACAGGCUCCCACUCAUGAAAUGGACACCAUUAUUAAUACACAACAGGAGGUUUUGAGAAACCUUAAUGAAGUAAGAAACUCAUUGUCAGGCUCACUGAAGCAGUUGGCAGUGGGUCAACAGCAGGGUAACGCAGGCGGACUCGGAUCAUACGAGACAAUCCAGCACUUCAAUGACAUCAAGGAGCAUUUGCAUGUCGUCAAGAGGAACAUCGAACACAUAAUUCAGAAAAAUGUGAAUCCUGCAGAAAAGGCGAAAUGUCCUGAAGUUCCUCCCUUACCCUCCUGCCUCUCUACCACACAUUUCCUGGUCUUCAUCGUCAUUCAGUCCCUCCUCUUCUUCGGCUACGUUAUGUACAAGAGUCAACAGGAAGCAGCAGCUAAGAAGUUUUUUUGAUGAUUCGUAGCUCUUGAUAAACACAGCACAACAUGUAAAUUGUCCAUUUUUGUUAAUUUCCAGUUUGUUUGUUUUGUUUGCAAACUGUAAAUUAUUAUACUUGAAAACUUAAGUAUUUUGUUUGAGAUUUUUUUUAAUUCUUAAUUUUUAAUUUGAUCAGAGUUGUACAGGGUUUGAAUGACUGCUCUUUUCCAAGUGUGUGUGGCAUUUUCAAUGGUAGAUUACUGAAUAUGAUGUAAUAUAUUCUUUAGAGGUCUGACAUAUUUACUGUUCAAUUCUGGUCCAGGAAUCAUUUCAAGAACUCAGUCGCUGUCCCAGGAACGUUCUGAACUGUGGUAACUGAAGUAAUUUCAAUAAGAUUGAGUAUUUUAACACAUUCCCUUUGGUAUUACCUUUUACAAUAAGGCAUUUUUUUCCCUCCACAAGUGUUAAAGCUUUAUUGUAUUGGUGAAAGCAAGAACCCAAAGGUUGUGAAUGUGUUAUUUGAAUCUUUAUAAAACAAAAAUGUUUUUCUUCUCAAACAAUUUACAUAAAACAAAUCAAAUGAC